UUGCUAUUUUCAUUAUAAGCAUGUCUUGUACAUCGGAAGAAAUUGCGGAAAAGCGAAGAAUUGCCAUUGAAAGGCUUAAUGCGCGUAAAAAUGCGGUAGCAAAUGGCUACAAAUCGAAACCAACUCAAUCACCUGGAGAAACCAGUAAGCCUACGUUCACUCUCCCGCCAAAGCAGCUGGAAGUGGUUACUGGAAUCCGUAGUACAUCUUUCUAUGGUAAAAGCGAUUCGAGUGGCUUUCAUGAGACGAAAUCUAAUCCAAGCGCUUCUACAACCGGAAAACUAAAAUCCCCUUUUAAUAACGGUCGUCUUCAGUCACAUCCGUACGCAAGAAAUACGCAAAUCCCAAAAACUAAUGGAACUCCUGGAAAAAUAGCACCAGUAUUUAUCCGCACCAUCACUUGCACUUGUGCAAUGAUCUCCGAAACACGGUUUGUAGUGCAUAUGUCCGGUUUUAACGAACAGCUAAUAAAUGUAUUUAAAAGUGUACCUUCAAAGCAAUACGAUCCGGCGUCAAAAGAUUGGUCUUUCGCUAUCCAGGAUUAUUUACUUGUACAGGAAAAGGUGAACGCGUUAAAGCCAAACGCUUCUGUUGGUCCUCUACCAGCGUACGUGCUCCGUUUGUUUAGUAAAGGCACUCAGCCCAAACCAUCGCGUGAUUGUUUGAAUGCUCUAGAUCCAGCCCUAGCUAACAGUUUAUUAGAAUUUCAAAAGGAAGGAGUUUGUUUUGCCAUCGAUAAAGGAGGACGUGCUCUGAUAGCAGAUGAAAUGGGCUUGGGAAAGACUUAUCAGGCAAUCGCUGUGGCAGAUUUUUAUAAGGAGGAUUGGCCGUUACUGAUCUGCACGACAGCAAGCACAAGAGAUGCAUGGGCUGCUAAAAUUAGAGAGCUAUUACAUUACGUUCCAGUUCAUAGCAUCGUCACUUUGCAGUCUGGACAGGACUACAUCGGUGAUGCACGGAUUUUGAUUUCCAGUUACUCGCUGAUGGAAAAAUGCGCCAAUAAACUACUAGAGCGCGGCUUUGGUUUCCUAAUUAUGGAUGAGUCACAUACAUUAAAGAAUUUCAAAGCAAAAUGCACAUCGGUGGCUCAGGAGUUGGCGCAGAAAGCAAAACGAGUUAUACUUCUGUCCGGCACUCCAGCACUGUCACGCCCAGUGGAACUAUUUACUCAACUACAAAUGCUGGAUAGAAAUUUUGUCCAGUUCAAAGAGUACAGUACAAGGUACUGCGCUGGAAAGCAGUCAAACUUCGGUUGGGAUUCCAGUGGACAAUCUAAUUUGACUGAGCUAAACCUCUUGCUGGCGGCGAAGUUCAUGAUACGACGCACAAAACAGGACGUGCUAAGCCAGCUGACUGAAAAAAAUCGAGAAACUGUGAUACUAGACCCUGCCCUGCUAGGCAAAAACGAAGAAACCGAGGAAAACCUCAAUAGCUACGCUGCAGACUACUCUAUGAGCAAAGGCCGCGAGCGAGAAGAAAUUUUGUUUAAAUAUUACAAUAUUACCUCCGAAGUGAAAGCUCCAGCAGUUUGUGCAUAUCUAAAGCAACUAUUAAAAGAAAAGCAAAAGUUUAUCAUUUUUGCUCAUCACAUCUUUAUGUUAGAUGCAAUAUGCAAACAGCUGGUAAAACGGAAAAUUGAUCAUAUACGGAUAGACGGUACAACAAGAUCAGAUUUGAGAUCGCAAUUGGUAAAUAAAUUUCAAACCAAAGAUUCCUGUCGAACGGCAGUAUUAUCGUUAAAAGCUUGUAACGCCGGUAUAACGCUUACCGCAGCUCAAAUGGUCAUAUUUGCUGAGCUGGAUUGGAAUCCGAGUACAUUAGCCCAAGCCGAAAGUCGAGCGCACCGCAUUGGACAGCAGAGCAACGUUACCGUACGCUACCUUUUGGCGAAGGGAACCGCUGAUGACAUCAUUUGGACGAUGUUACAAAAGAAGCAGGGAAUCCUCACCAAAGCGGGGCUGUGUAAUGAGGAUUUUUCUGACUCGACUCAUGUAGAUGCUCCUUGUUCGAGUGGAAAUAUUGAACCAUUUUUGGUAAAGACAAAUAACAACAAUGAGAAAGCAACGGAUACUCUUUCGCCUGCAGUAUCAGCUCCUAGCCAAAAUGAACCAAAGGAAUUUCAAGAUUUGUUGAAUGACGGAGAGGAUGAUGAUUUAGCAGAAAUUAACUUAUGAGAGGAUGUUUUGGUUUUAACAGUUUAUUGUAAAUACAAAG